AUGCUCCCCAACAGAUCGCCUGAUCAACUCAAGAGUGUUCGAGUUGUCAUGGUGAAUGAUAAAACGAGGAUGAGGGUUUCGCUGAGGUACCCAAGCAUUUACUCUAUCCGAGCGUACUUGAACGACGGGACUGGGUGUUCUGGGCCAGAAGUAAAGCACAUUCCCAUGCUGGACGAGAAAUGUAUAAUCGGAGCGGAAGUUGCAGGGGAGGCUCUUUAUCGGCGAAUUCUACCUGACGAGGUAGCGAAGAAAAAACGGGACUGGAAUUUCUGGGUAGUUCCUUCUGUUGCAUCCCAGAACUUCUCGAAUCUCCGCCUAAAUGGUUCCUCAUCUACAAAAUGCGAUGGUGGUAAGGCUUUACUCUUGUCGGAGCUCAAGACUACCGGGAUAGUCAACUGGGGUCAACGCCGGAAAGUUAGGUUCAUGGGCAGGCAUGUGGAGGAUAAGGAAGAACCAUCUGAUUGGAUAGGGGGAGAUGAUAAGGAAGACGGAAGUGAGGAGGAAGAAGAACAGAGUGAUCCGGCGAUUGGUGAAGAGCUGAGGAAGCGGGCAAAACAGGGAAAGAACAAGAAUCAGAUUGUUGCUUAUAGGCAGAAGAUCAAUAAGAAGAAGAAGAAGAAGAAGAAGAAGGUGGUGAAAAAUACAAUUGACAGAUGGUCCGCUGAAAGGUAUCAACUAGCUGAGGUGAACAUGUUGAAGAUAAUGAAAGAGGAGAAGGCAGGGUUUGGCAACCGAAUGUUAAGGCCAGUAUUGAGAGCAAAAGCUAGGAGGCUGAUUGGAGAUACUGGUCUGUUGGAUCAUCUGCUGAAGCAUAUGGCAGGGAAGGUGGCGCCAGGCGGUGAAGAAAGGUUCAGGAGGCGGCACAACGCAGAAGGUUCAAUGGAGUAUUGGCUGGAGAAGGCCAAUCUGCUAGACUUAAGGAGGGAGGCUGGAGUGCAAGAUCCAUACUGGAUUCCACCACCUGGUUGGAAGCCUGGUGAUAACCCCUCUCAGGACCCUGUAUGCGCCAUCCAGAUCAAGAAACUAACUGAGCAAGUUGAGAAACUGAAAAGGGACAUGGAAGACCUGGCUUCCAAGAAACAGGAGGAAGAACUAGCCAUUGUAGCCACGCCAAUUUCUUCAGUUACCACUUUAAGCAGGGAACAGGAGAACUUACUUAUUCCGCUCAAGGAGCUGUUCAUCGAUCUGUCCAAUAAGAAGGCUAAAAUUGAGGAACAACUGACAGAAAUUUCUGAGUCCUUACAUGUCAUGGAGGAAGCAAUGGCCACAAGAAAGAGAGCAGAAGAGAAAGAACUGGAACAACAGCAGCAGCUAGAAGAAGAAGGAGCAACACAGCUCAUAAUCACACAAUCAGAGGAACAACGUUGGGAGGAAGGAAACCAUAGUCAAAACUCAACUACACUGACUCCAAUGGAAGACCGAGCAGCCAAAAUAAAAAGGCUGAGAUCAAGUGGGUUCAGGAUAUGCAAGCCCGGGGUAACUUUCCUGUGGCCGGACAUGGCUGCAGCCUCCUCUCCUCCAGUCCAACUCGAUGGCUUACUUGCUAGAACUCCUUCUUCUGUCUCUUCCUUGUCCUCCUCCAUAACCACACUCGCCCCUGCCGACUCACAGCAUUCUCCUUCCCCAGUGACGAGGCCAGUAGCAGAAAGAAGAGGCUCCGUCGCAAUAACUCUAACCACACCAACUUCUUCCUCUGCAGUUCCCUCUAUCCUCUGCCGGCAGGGGAGAAACAGCAGCACUACUCCUAGAACUCCUUUGAUCAACCUCAACGAAGUUCCCCUAACCCAAAACAAGAAUCUGAUUCAAGUUUCCCCCGGUCCAGUCACCUAUCAGAGAAGAAACCAUCAGCAGAGUUUCAGUGCUGGAAAUAUGGCAGCUUCAUCAUGCCUUCCGCUGGGAGUACAGACAUGGCUGGCUAUUGGUGGUGGUAAUCCGGCAUCAGAUAAGGAAUGCAAGCGAGGCUAAGUUAGAAGUUUUAUGAUAGUUAAUUAGUUAUACACAUAUAUUAGAACACAAGGGAGAGGGGGUCCCACUUGUGCAGAGUUGAGUUUCUUAGGUAAGGCGAAGAGUUUUUCUGAUCCGAGUAUAAGCAGGCCAAAACUUUACCAUUAGAGCUAAUAAUUAUAUUAUAAGCUGUGAUUACGAACCAUUCAUUUCUGUGUUAAGUGGGUUUUCAUUCUGCUAUC